AAAGAGAAAUGGGCUGCGGGAAAUCGAAACACGAUGUCGUCACAGCGACCACCGUCAUCAAAUCCAUGAGAUCCGAUGGCGGCAAAGAAAUCCACACCACAAAAACUGUUACCGACAAAGGCGACUCAUCGUUGAUACAACAAGUUGAAACCAAGAGUUUGGUUGUUGAAGACAGCAAGAAAGAAACCGUGACAACAAAGAUAGAGCCGCCUGCGGAUAACAAGGUCGUCGAACCCAGAAGUGUUGUCCCCACAUCGGUGGAUAACGAUAUCACAGCUACAAAAGUCGCGGAGGCCCCAACAUCCGUGGAUAACGAUAUCGCAGCUACAAAAGUCACAGAGGCCCCCACAUCCGUAGAUAAUGAUGUGGAAGCUACAAAAGUUGUGGAAACCGAGAAGAUUAAGGAUUCCAACCCAAAAGACACCACUGAAGCCAAAAAGGGAGAUGUGGCGAGCAAAGACAUUGUGGGCGUCACGGAAGUUGUGAAAGAAAACGAUCAGAAGAACAAAUCAUACCAAAAAGACGAUCAGAAGGACGAAUCCAACCUAAAAGACGAUCAGAAGAAAGAAUCCAACCGAAAAGACGAUCAGAAGAAUGAAUGCAGCCUAAAAGACGAUCAGAAGAAGGAAUCCAGCCUAAAAGACGACCAGAAGAAUGAAUCCAGCCUAAAAGACGACCAGAAGAAGGAAUCCAGCCUAAAAGAUGAUCAAAAAGACGAUCAGAAGAAGGAAUCCAGCCUAAAAGACGAUCAAAAGAAGGAAUCCAACCUAAAAGACGAUCAGGAGGCCAAUGUGGCUCCAACAAAAGACGAAAAGAUUAAGGAAUUUGAUGAAGAGGCCAAGACCGAGGUUGCAGUGGAAGCCAAAGCCACGGAAGUUGUGGAGAACGCAAAGGUUACAGAUUCCAAGGAAGAAGAAGCAAAAGGUGAAAUCGCCGAGGAAAAGCAUGUGAAAACCGUGGAUGAUUAUUCGAAUCCCAAGGAAAACGACCUAAGAUCCGAGGAAAAAAAGGAUGUUGCACCAGCUGAAGAAUCGACAAAAGUGGAAACAAAGAAAGAAGAUGUCAAGGCGAUCGGAGCAGACAUCGUCAACACAGAGACCUCACUUGCAGCAGAACCCGAGAAGGCUCUCAAUGCCAAAGAGGAAACUGUUGCUGAAACAAAAGAGAAAGAACCAUAAGAAAAAAAGACGAGAUGAAAUCCUGGACGAGUAAUGUGGUUUAACCUAAUGCAUUUAUGGAAACUCGUUAUAUAUUUCGAUUGUAUACUUAUAAUUCUACCAUGAAACAUACCUCAAAGAUUAGAAUGUGCAACAUUGUGAAGUUUCCAAAUAUAUGGUUCUAUCUUUAUCGUUUUAUUACUUCUAAAAAACCCUACAUUUUAGAAUGGAGAAACGACAACCAGGUGUCUCCACAAAAACAAUCCCUCUACUGCUUGAGACCUCAUCUGGGUUUGAUAUGGUAGGAUAGGAUAAAGCUAGCAUAAGGGGGAACCACGAGCCUAACUAUGAGAUACAAGAGAAACAACCUUAACCUUGCCACAACCCUGUGCCCACUAAAUGGAACUGGGUUUUUUAUUUUUGAAGCACAUAUUUACAGAGAGAGGUUACAGGGGAAAAUCUUCGGAAAAAAUGAAAAACUGAGAACACCCUAAUAACCG